UGAAGCCAGCUUCCUUUCUUGUUUUUCAAUGUUGCUCCGUACUUGUUUCAUACGCUUAAUUGAUUUAAUUGAACACAAUGUGCUUGAGGAUCCUCUCCGUCCAACUCCAAUUGAUCUCAAGUUAGUUUUCGAUCGAGAAGCGUUGGAAUCGGAUGUGCCUUACAUUUUUCAGAUGAAACUCGAUAUGCAUGUUACAUAUGUCCUGACGAUUGUACUUAUGAUGGUUGGAGUUCCAGCUCAGGGAGUUAAUUGCGAUGGAGGGGACUGUCUUCCGUAUCAUCGUUGCUUGUAUGCCAAGAAGUUGAAGAAGGUGCCAUACUGUGCCGAUGGAUCCGUUUGCUGCAGGGCACCUACGAGACCCACGUAUGAUUCGCCAUCGAAAAGAGCCUGCCAGGAGUAUUCAAACGACCAGUCUUUCUGCCCACCGGAGCUGCUCAUUUCCAACGGCAAUAGGACCGACCGACAUGAGCGUCAGUACAUGGCUGUGAUCGGGAAGAGGAGCAGGGGAAAGGCGAUGGCGACAGCGAACCCGGAAUGGAUAUGCGGCGGCACCGUCAUUCACAAGAGAUACGUGCUAACUGCGGCCCACUGCGUCCUGCUCGUGGAUGAAGAUCCAGACUUCUUCGUUGGUCUGGGUGCUUACCACAAGAGUGAGAGCCAGGUCUAUCAAGUAGUCAACGUGACCCAUCACCGGGACUACAACCAAUUGACCUGGGUUAAUGAUAUUGCCCUGCUGCAACUGAAUGAAAGCAUAAUUUUCAAUGAAAAAAUCAAGCCAGCCUGCCUGGCCACGUCUCCAGUGGGGGGUCACGAAACGCUGACCGUUAGCGGAUGGGGUUACCUGGACUCCGUCAGCAAAAGGCAGCCCGAUGAGCUGCGCAAGGCAGACUUGCAGGUACUCAACAUUUCGGACUGCUCCAGGGCCAGCACGGAUCUGCACAUUUGCGCCGGCGGAGCCAACAACAUCAGCGACGUGUGCCGCGGGGACUCCGGAGGACCAUUGGCCAAGUGGCAUCCCCAGUGGGGCGGCUGCCUGGGUCAGGUGAUCGGCAUUGUAUCCAAUGGCGGACUAUGCGAUGCCCAAUAUCCGCGUACCAAAUUCACCAACGUUUAUUACUAUGUCGAGUGGAUUGAAAGUAUCGUUUGGCCUUCCAAAGUUAAGAAAUAA